GUCGCAGAAUUCCUGGAUGCGGAGGCCGCCCGCUUGGCCCGACAACGUGGCCUCGAGGAAGCCUUGCUCUUCCUAGCGCAGGGUUGGAGGAGAUGUGAGGAGGGCGGCUCGGUGCCGUCGACCUGGGAGGGCAUCGCACCUUUUCAGGAGGCGGUCCUAACCGUGUCCUUGGCGCAGCUCCUUGCCGCUACCUCCGAGCAGAAGGUGGCGUUGAUCCUGGCUUUACUGAACGGGCGGGUCCCAGUGAGGCUCAUGAACGAGCUCCUAGUCGCGGCGGCGGAGGACGAUGCUGUCCCUGCAGCCCUUGUGUCCAAGCUGGCUGCGCAACUAAGAGGUCGGACGCUAAACGACCGUCGCAGCCAGCAGUUCAGUCAGCUGAUUCACGUGUUGCGGGCCAGGAAGGACAAGAAAGACAGCAAGUACGUCAGUGCCCUGGUGGGCGCUCCGCUCAAGGAGGAGAUUUGGAGGCCGGCCUUUGAGCCCAAGUUCGUUUGGCGAGGGCGCAAGAAUGAGAUCAUCUGCAAGCAGCUGGAUGGUCUCUUCUUACAGGAGAACACUCUGCUUGGUUGGGCCUUGUCACCGUCAGCUCUGGACGGUGCGUUAGCCCCCCCGUCCAAAGCACAUCUCACAGAGGCCGGCUCCAAGGAGUGGGAAGGCCUGGGCCGUGCCACGCGGCAGCGGAUCGACGGACUGCAAAAAGGCUUGCAGAACAAGCUGACCAGUUCGCAAGACCAGGCAGCAGAAUUCGUUGACAUCCUUCUGAGAGCCGGGGAUGAGCCGCGCAUGGCCGUGCUCGAGUGGUUGGGGGCUGUCGUCACGGCUGCGGAACCUCGCGGCCGGCAAGGUCAGCCAGCACCAGAGGGGUUCAAUUUCUGGCCCCAGUACGGCAACAUCGUGAUUGACAACAUGCAGCAGACGAACGUGGACUCUGGCGCCUUCGUGAAAUCCUUGAAGAACUUGCUCCUUCUGCAGGCUAUUCAUGCUCGUCUUCAAGGUUUCCCAACGAGUGGCGCAGCCUUGAACACGUUCACAUUGCUGUUGCAUCUGAUCAAGCCCAUCAAAUCAGAACAGGCUGCGACCAUCUCG